UUCAACCCCGGCAUUCAAGAGAUCCUCAUUUCGCAUUCCAUCCCAAUUGCGAUUUUGCUUCACCGUUGCUGGUUCAAUUGCUGCUAGUUGAUGAAGCUUCUUGCAUUGAAUUGAACGAUCCACUCUUCACUCCAAGGAUCUUGAAUACCGUUUGAGGGUGCUGAAGGGAAAGUAAUUAAAAUGAUAAGCUAUCUGUUCAGAAAAUAUUCAGAAUAUUUGUAUACAAAGUGGGAAAAAACUUUUCUAUGGGACAUGGUGGAGCCUUACAGAAGGCCCAAAUCCUUUACUCCAUUGGUCACUAUUUACAUUGCUGCUUUCUACUCUGGAGUCAUUGGUGCUGCCAUCACGGAGCAGCUCUACAAGGAAAAAUACUGGGAAGAGCACCCUGGGAAAGCAGUGCCUCUGAUGAGACCAAAGUUUUAUGAUGGUCCUUGGAGGGUCAUGCGCGGUCAGGUUCCCCCAUCUGAGUGAAAAUCUCCGGAGACAUGUUUCAUGCUUGAUUCCAGUUUAGAUCCAAGGUUGAUUUUUGAGGGGUUCAUGUUUUGAAUUUAGAUAUAAUGUUAUUUGAGGAUGGGUCCAAGUUAUGUCUCGAUGCAUUCCAAUUCGAUUUGGUGUCUUAUAUUAUCUUAAAAACUAAAAAAGUAGAAGUUUUUGAACAUUUGUGUAUAGAUAAUAAAUCUUUUUUAUUUAAUAGAUAAUAAUUUGUAAAACAUAUAUUAUAAAUUAAUUUUAGUUAAUUUAA